GUGUGUGUGUCUAUUUUUAGCCUCCGAAUGGAUCUGUGCUGGAGCCGAGCUCUCUGCCCCCGUCAAGGGUACAGCAUCAUGUUGUGCUGGGAGGAUUUUCCUGCGUGGCUCUUUGAAUGGCUCCAUCACCGGCUUAGACUGUGGUACAGGCAUGGAUAACUUCGAGUACAGCAUCCAGCUGAACGACAGGGACUGGGCUGAAUUCUUCUUGGCGUCGGAGGAAUGCAACCUAGCACCGGCCGCCCUGGCCACGGCCGAGGAGCAGUGUCUCAGUGACAUUGAACAAGGGGACGGCGUGCCGGAGAGGGACUGCCACACCAGCACAAACGGGCAGAUUGCAGUGAGGGUGGGCAGCAGGCCAGGGCCUGGCACGGGAAGCUCUGCCCCACGUGGGGUGCCUGUAGACGCCUCCCUGUGCUGGCCCACCGGCGGGCACCUCACCCUGCCGGAGCUUCUCUCGGGCAGCGAGGACGAAGCGGACCUGGGCUCGGUUGGCAGGUUUCUGUGCGAAAGCGACAAGCCCGGCUGCCCUUCGUCCGCUCCAAUGCCCAGCGCGCAGGGGAGGCAGCCCCCCUGUCCCCCUGCAGCCACCCUUGCCCUCCCGGCUGGUGGCACAGCCGAGAGCAGCCCAGGGCAGGACACAGCCUGUGAAGCAGCAGCACCGCAGCCAGCAUCGGCAUCGGAGAAAGGAGCAGCCAGCAGCAGUCAGGCCAUGGAGCCUCCCAGCCACCCGGCUGGAACAAGCGCCCCUGAACAGGGAGGGGACGCAAGAGGGGAACAGCCCCAUGGCAGCCCAGCGGCGGCACAGCCGGGGGCUCCGGUACAGGGCAGCUCGUCAGCACUGGCUGCCUCCCCCGAGGGGUCAGCAAGGGAAAGUCCUAGCAGCGUUGUGAGGCCCAAGGUGCCAGGGCAGCUGAGAAAGAGCCGCAAGCAACGUGGAGCCAGUGCCGCCGAGGCAGCCCAGGGGGACAGGGAGCCUGUGGGGGCUGCAGCACAGGGGACUGGCGUACUCGUGAAGGCACGUUUAAGUUCACCACUGUCCUCACGAAAGAGCAAAGGGAAGGAGAAGGCAGCCAAGCCAGCUCCUGUGAAGCUGGGGAGCGAGGAAGCAGGGGAGAGCAAAUGGCUGGUGCCCGGCCCUGGCACGGAUGAGAGCGAUCCAGCCGUGAGCACUCCCCCGAAGCAGAAGGUGAAGGAGCCAGGGGCGCAGCCCCUGGGGAAGGCGAAGGCCACCAAGCAUUCAAAGCCAGGGCAGGCUGGUGGCUUGGGCAUAUGUGACAAUGUGCCGGUGAUCCCUGCCAGCGGAGCCGUGGCUCCACCAGGAGCGGCAUGCCAGGAGGCACUGGGGAAGCCUCUCCAUCCCAAGAGCGUGGCAGCUUCUGGAGGGGAUGCUGCUGAGGGAGCUCAUGGGGAGCCUCCAGCUGAGACCCCCAGGGAGCUGGGCCCCCCUUGCUUUGCAGCUGAGGCCUCUGCAAGGGCAGACACCCUAGACGUGACUUGGCCCGAGAUGUAUGACUAUUUUUUCUGUUACUCCCAAGGGGAAGAAGAAGGAAUGGGGAACUCAAUAGAGGGAGAGAAAACACCCUUGGAAAGGGAAAUAUCCUUGCCUGAACUGUAUGAAUAUUUUUUCAAUGAACCAGAAGGAAACAGGAAAAAAGUCAAGGGUAAAGACAGGAAGCGAAAGAAGUUCAGCAGCUUGGACCACGCUCCACUGCAAAAUGAGGAUCCUGACUCGGCUCCAGUCAAAGAUUCCCUGGUUAUUUCGGUCCCUGAGGUGUAUGAACAUUUCUUUCCAGACAGGCCUGGGAACAGGGUGGGCUGGACAGGGAUUUUCUCAAUCACUCCAGCCUCUGAGGUGAAGAAAGCUGUGGGGGCUCUGAAGUCCUUUCUGCAAAGGCCAAUGCAUCUCAUCAGAGGCCAAGCCCCAGGCCCCCAGGCUCUCGUGCGGAGAGGAUCCGGAGAGAAGCUCCCCCUUGUCCCGCUGGCUCCGCUGGGAAGAGGCCAGGCGCGGCCAGAAGGUUUGGACAUGGCCCUUGCACUGACAGGGAGGCCCGAGGCUCCGCUGGCGCUGACCCACAAAGACAUGUGCCUCGUCUUCUGUGCCUUUGCAUCCUGGGCGGUGAAGACCUCUGACCUGCAGGCUCCGGAUGCCUGGAAGACCAUGUUCCUGGCAAGUUUUGGCACGCUUUCUGCCAUCCGCUACUUCCGAAGGCAGGUCAGAGAAGGACAGCCCCGGACCUAGGCUCAGCGCACACCAGAGGUGCUUCCUGAGGACAGGCGAGGAUGGUGGAGGCAGAGGCUGGGGAUUUUGUUCUUGGGCGGUGUGAGAAGCCUGGAUCCCAGCACCAAGACUUCUCUGGACCCAUCCCUAAAUGGGGCAGGAUGUCACAGGAAGCAGGAUCCUUCCGGUGAUAGUCAUUUACAAUACGGUAGGCAGUUUGUACCUGUACUGGACAGGAUAGGAGCCCAGCGUGGGCUGGGUCUGUUCUUUCUUUGUACACUUCUUGCAUACUUGUGCUAUCUCCUAGGAGUAGUCACAGUGUCUGUUCCAGGGCGCUGCUUGUCCGUCCUCCCUGCUGAAGUCACGUGGUGGCAAAGGAAGGCACUGAGGUAGUGGAGGGAGGAGAGAGCAGAAGAAACCGGGGAAGUGCUUCCGUUCCUAUGAAAGGAUUGGGGUAUCUGUGAAGGAAGAGAGGAGAGAGCUUUGGGGAAGAGCUGUCUCUGUCCAAACAUGGUGCUUUGCUAAGCAUGUGCUGGCUGCGCACGGCUAGCUGGGCAGCAGCUAAAGAGGGAUGAAGGGGCCGCUCGCUUGGCAAGGCCCAGGUCUCCCAUGACCGGUUUGGCUCACCGCAGGAGGACUCAUCCUCUUGGAUUUCACUCCAAGAAGUCACGGCUCAGUCUAACAGUUCAGGAGGCUGAGACGGUGUUUCUGUUGCAUGUGGCCGCCUCAGCCCCGCUGAGCCAGAGCUGCAGCUGCGGUGUCUGUCCCUGCAGGUGAGGAGCACCCACUGCAAGGACACACCUCGCCCCUGUAAGCAGAGGAAGGGCAGGUGUCACGCAGCCAGAGCCAGAGGCAGGGGCAGCCGGGAAGGGCCCUGCAGGAGGCUGCGCAGGAUGGAAAGGGGCUGCAGGGGCAGCAGGGAAAGGGGCUGAGCUCAGGGAAGCCUCAGGAAAGAGCCCUGACGAGGACAGGAGCAUGUUGGAGAGGAGGAAAAGGCACAUACACAUGUUUGGCUCUGACAAUCACCAGGUGAAGGGUCUAGAUAUAUCACUUGGUCCCUCCGCUGCCUCCCAUCCUAGGGACAUAAAGUUGGCGGGGAGGAGAUGUCGGGUGAGGAGGUGCUGUGGCUGAGUGUGUAACCUUGUGAGGCUGGAGAGGGCUGGAGGAGACCCAGAACGGAAGGUGGGGGGAAAAAUGAAAAGGACGUGGUUCAGUUUCUUCCCUGUCUCUAGUGCCUUCCUGAUCACUCAAGGGCAUUAUUCAUGACAGUUUUUCUUCACUCCCAAGUCUGAUAACAGCGAGAAUGUGAGAUUUGUUAAGCACUUGGGGACCAGAUCCACAAAGGUACUGGGGGAAAUCUGCCCAGAAUACCUGUGCGGAUCUGCCUGUGAGCUUUAUAGGAACGGUCUGUGGCAAUGUUUUCUUACGAAACCAGAGAGGAGAGGUUUAGCUCUUUCCUUGUAAUGCAGAGUGCCAUGCAAUUUUAAUGUGUGUAGGAUUGUACUGAAGACCAUGUAUUAUUGCUGAUAAGAGAGCACACUGUGCAAUUGUACAGUGAGAUAUGUAGCAGUAAAGAGAGAGAGAGAGAUGUACAGGCUCUAUAUGGACUAUAGUAGCUGUAUAUCCAGUAAGAGGAGUUUUGUGGAGGAGGAGAACAGAUAAAAUAUGCUGGAAGCUUCUAAUAAAGAUCUAUCUCAUUUAA